CCAUGAUGUUGCAGUAUCCACACAUGAACCUGUGAGGGGCAGCACUGCGAACACAAGACCUGGGAAAUGGCGGCUGGAAGUGCAGGUGUUAGCGGCCACAAUAGUGGCUCAUCGCCGCGCUUGGAGUCGACUUUGGACCGUCGUUUUCAGACUAUAUCUAACACCAUGGAAUCCAUUCAGGGACUAUCCGUCUGGUGCAUCGAGAACAAGAAAUAUCACAGCGUGGUCGUGCGAUACUGGAUAAAGUGGCUGCGCAAAUCGGAUGCGCCACAUAGGCUUAAUCUCUUCUACCUGGCGAACGAUGUCAUUCAGAACUGUAAAAGGAAAAAUGCCAUAGUCUACCGCACCACCUUUACUGAUGUGCUGCCAGAAGCUAUGAAGCUCAUCAGUGCCACAAAGGAUUCUAAGGUGAACAAGGCAGUGGUGAGGAUACUGUCCAUUUGGGAAGAGAGAAGUGUCUAUUCAGAGGAGUUCAUCAGUCAGCUGAGGAACAGUUUGGUUCAGAAAGAAGAGCCAGUGAAAGUUUCAGCUCCAGUCAACUCCAAAUCUGCCCUGAAAUCCAAGAUUGUUGCUGAGUUUGUGCCCUCAGCAUUUAUUGAGCAUCUGUCCAAGUACAGGAAGUCCAUGGACGACAUUGAGCUCAAAGAGAAACAGUUAGCUGCAAUGAGAGUGGAUGUGUGCAGCACAGAAGCUCUGAAGAAACUGAAAGACAAGGCAGGAGGUAAAAGGUUUUCUAAAGACUUUGAAGAUGGGAGUACAAAGCUUCAGGAGUUUGUUUCCUUUCUGGAUGGAGAGGUCAAAAAAGGUCCUCCAUUGAUAGAAGCUCUGGAGAAUGCAGAUAUAUUUUAUGAGAUGCAAUAUAAAGAGGUCAAGAUUGUGGCUAAAGCCUACGAGACAUUUGCAAACCGGGUGUCGCACCUUAAGCGCAAGCUCGAUGCACUGAAGAAUAUGUUGCCUGAUCCAGAUGACUCGCCCAUUCCCUCCCCGAUUGAAGAUGCUCCCUCACCCACGGGCUCUGAGUCACCCUUCCAUGCUCUGGAAAGGAUUGGUUCCCCAGACCCAGAGCUGGACGGGCAGGCAAUGGAAGAGGACCUCAUUGCUUUGGCUGAUGCUCCCAGCCCUCUCUCAUCUGUCGGGGGUUCCUCACCACCAAGUGCCCCUUUGGGAGACAAAGACAAUCGUGACGUAGAGGACAUGGACCUCUCGGAUGUAGAGGAGACGGAAACACCUACCAUCAUAGUUGAGGAACAUGUGGCCUCUGCUGUUGUGUCCAAACAGUCCACUGUCACUCCAAAUGUCAUAGAAUCCUUACCAACAAAUGAAGGCACACAAACAAAGCAGGUUGCAACCCCAGCAGUGACUGUUCCCUCAGCAGAAACCACAACCACCACCACACCAAUCACACCAUCACUGUCAGUGAACCUUGCUGGUGUUGACCUAGGCAAGAUCAGCUCCAUCCUCAGCACAAUCACAAAUGUUAUGAAGAACUCAGCUGUAGGAGUUAGUCCUGUAUCUCGGUCUUCCCCAAGUGUACCUUCAACUCCAAGCUCAACUCAAAAGACUCCCACUCCCACUACUGCCCCUCCAGCCAACCCACUGGCCAGCAUCCUUUCUAGGGUGGACAUCAACACCAACACACUGCUCAGUGCUCUAUCCAAAACACAAACCCAAGGGGGUUUUCAGGGUCUGUCCUCUUUGCUAAACAACCCGGCUGCAAAGGCCACCACAACUUCAAAUUCUGAAAAGCAAUUCUUAACCACGCCUAUUACAGCAGAGACUCAUUCAUCUCCUAAAGUCUUAUCUACUCCAUCUAGUCUCCCACUGGCUAGGGAUCCCACCUCUCAAGGAUGUGUGGCUCCUACGCCUAUGCAGUCCAAUAUGGCGAAUGAGAAUAUGUCUUCUCUCAACUUUACCUUGGACUCCAAGAUUGAUGACUUCCUCCAAGGACCCCCAGGACUGAAAGGCUUUAAUUUGGGCUUUCCAUCUGUUCUGACAUGGACUAAAGGAGCUGUUGAUAGCCCAUCAGCGAGUGCAGAAAACCUGGGUGGAACCCCUGUAAGGGAUGAAGGUGGUUCUACCCCAACGCAAGAUGAAAUUAUGGAUGCUCCUCAAUCGCAGCUGUUCCCGUAUCAGCAGAGGCAAACAGUGUCUAUUUCUACAGCUUUGGAUGCUAAGUCAAUGCGUCCACUUCCAUCUUGGCAGGAACAAAAUGCUCAGGUGGAUCCACAAGCUCAUAUGGACAUGCACCAGAAGAUUGCACCAAAAAAAGAAUCUGUUCCCUCUCUUGCUGAGGCAGAAGUUAUGCGGCAUCAACGCAUUGAAGCAAUGCGUUCCUCUUCCAUCAACCAGCAACCUUUAAGAGACAGUGUAGAAGCCAAAGACAGAUCCGAUGUGAUGCUUCAAAACCUGAGACAAAACCCCUUAAUUCGUGAUGUGGGACCAAAUUCUAAAAUGGUUGAAGGUAGCUAUGCAUAUCGAGAUGAUCAUGAGAAGCAAGUAUUGGCCAGCUCUGAUGCAUUCGGUGCCGAGCCGUACCUUGCCAAAGAACCAAGACAGGAUCUUUCUGCACCUAACUUCUUCACAACACCUCUGCCACCAAUCCCAAAUCUUCCUCCUCCACCACCACAAGACUUCAUGCAUCCAGCAUCUUCGAGAGCAAGCGGUCCCCAUCCCACCAGAGAUUUGCAGGAACCUUUCGGGGAAGCAGAAAGAGGUGGUGUUGAUGGAUCAUAUGCCCCAGCAAACUCUGAUUAUGAACACUUGUCUCAUGAGGUUCCAAACACGAAUCCUUUCCAUCCACACGGGGAUGGGACCUCUCACUCUGCUCAUGCACCGCACCUUGCUCCUAAAAUCCCACCGAAUGGUCAAGUGGACUACAACCACCGACAUCCACCAAGAAUACCUCUGCAGCACCCUCCAAGUGUACCCCAUCACCACAUUGGGUCUCCUCCUUCAGUAAGGGGUUACCAUGAAACCUCAAGUCCUCCUCUACCUUUACCUGAAGAUCAAUACUUUGACCCAUACUACGAACAACCACCACGUAGCCCUUCUCCCCCACAUUACGACAUGCAUCCGAUUUCACCUCAUGCACAAGGGCAUUAUCCUGAAGAAAUCCCACCUCACUACCCAGAGCACAGGGUUCCUCCUCACUUGGAGCACAGGCACCCACCACCACACCAUGUUCGUCCACCUCACCCUGGGCACUAUCCAGCUCCUAGGCCCCUUCGUAGGCCACCACCGGUCCGUCAUGAGCCGCCCUUUCCAAGGGGCAAGCGACCUGGCCCACCGUUUGGUGGACCUCCCAGAUUCAGGGGCCCCUUUUAUCCCCCUAAAAGACCCUUCUUGCCUCCGCAUUACUAAAGUUGCUCAGGUGUUAAGUGCAUGUCACAGUGAGGAGGUACAGAAGUCCAAGUGCAGUUGGGUUAUCAGCAAGACAAAGAUUGCUGUGGACACUGACACGAAGAGGAUGGUGUUGAACACCUUUGCAAGAUCACAAUAGAGAAGUGCAAAUUUAUUUAAGUAAACGGGCAUGGAAUCAGAUCGCCAAAAACUCUUGAGCAAGAUCUGUUCUUCCACAACAAGAUGAAGUCAAGGAGCACUGGAGCAGAGAAAUGGAAAGAAUAUCUGGCAAGGAAUGCUUGGGGAAUGAGAUGGAAUCUGAAGGCAGACAAAACAAGAGGUGGUUAUUCUAUUUCAUUUCAUUAAUUCUUCUUUAAUUUCUAUAGUUUUUGUGUCUAGUUCUAUGAAAAAUCUAAUUGAAAGGUUAAUGUUCUUUCCCUUAGUUGGAAUUUGUGUGCAUGUAUCUCACGCAUAUGUUUGGGAAAGAACUCAAUGGAUUUUUGGAUCAACAUUUAACUCAAGUUGAUAUGUAAUAUUUUUUUUUUACUUUCAAGGUUAAGUUCUGCUGAUGAUCAAGCUAUAUUGUUAUGCAAAGCUGGUAGUUUUGAUCUUAUUUUGUACAUGUAAUUAAAUGUAACCUAACAGGUAGUUAAACUUCAUUAUCAUCUUUAAUGGACAAACAGCAAUGUAGAGAAAAAGUAAUCUUUACAGUUUUGAGGUAAGGUCCUGAGGUGUACAGAAACGAGCCGUUUUUGCCAACAGUGGCAGAAGAUGCAGAAGAAACGAAGUUGUCGGGCAGAAUCAUCAUGGCCUCCCUCAGUUCCCUGAGGCUUUUACUGUACUAACAUAAAUAAAGAUGUGUUUGGAAAAAAACCACUGUGCCGGAGUGCAGUCUCGACCA